AUGGGGCAGCGGUCCCCAGCGCAGCGGCUGCUGCUGCUGCUGCUGGUGUUACCGCCGCUGUCCCGAGCGCUGCGCGGGGCGCGCUGCCCGGAGCCUUGCAACUGCGCGCCCGACAGCGCCCUGCGCUGCCCCGGCCCACGGGCCGGCCUCACCAGACUAUCACUCACUUAUCUCCCUGUCAAAGUCAUCCCAUCUCAAGCUUUCAGAGGACUUAAUGAGGUCGUAAAAAUAGAAAUCUCUCAGAGUGAUUCCCUGGAAAGGAUAGAAGCUAAUGCCUUUGACAACCUCCUCAAUUUGUCUGAAAUAUUGAUCCAGAACACCAAAAACCUGGUACACAUUGAGCCUGGUGCAUUUACAAAUCUUCCCCGGUUAAAAUACCUGAGCAUCUGUAACACAGGCAUUCGAAUGCUUCCAGAUGUUACGAAGAUCUUCUCCUCCGAAUUUAAUUUCAUUCUGGAAAUUUGUGAUAACUUGUACAUAACCACCAUACCAGGAAAUGCUUUUCAAGGGAUGAAUAACGAAUCCAUAACACUCAAACUAUAUGGAAAUGGAUUUGAAGAAGUACAAAGUCAUGCAUUCAAUGGAACGACGCUAAUUUCACUGGAACUAAAAGAAAACAUACACCUGGAGAAGAUGCAUAAUGGAGCCUUCAGGGGGGCCACAGGGCCCAGCAUCUUGGAUAUUUCUUCCACCAAAUUACAGGCCCUGCCAAGCUAUGGCCUGGAGUCCAUUCAGACGCUAAUUGCCACAUCAUCCUAUUAUCUAAAAAAAUUGCCAUCGAGAGAAAAAUUCACCAAUCUCCUGGAUGCCACACUGACUUACCCCAGCCACUGCUGUGCUUUUAGGAACUUGCCAACCAAAGAACAGAAUUUUUCAUUUUCCAUUUUUGAAAACUUUUCCAAACAAUGUGAAAGCACAGUAAGAAAACCAAAUAAUGAAACACUUUAUUCUGCCAUCUUUGCUGAGAGUGAACUGAGUGGCUGGGACUAUGAUUAUGGUUUCUGCUUGCCAAAGACUCUCCGAUGUGCUCCUGAACCAGAUGCUUUUAACCCCUGUGAAGAUAUUAUGGGCUACGACUUCCUUAGAGUUCUGAUUUGGCUGAUUAAUAUUCUGGCCAUCAUGGGAAACUUGACUGUCCUUUUUGUUCUCCUGACCAGUCGUUACAAACUGACAGUGCCCCGUUUUCUUAUGUGCAAUCUCUCCUUUGCAGACUUUUGCAUGGGGCUCUAUCUGCUCCUCAUUGCCUCAGUUGAUUCCCAGACAAAAGGCCAGUACUAUAAUCAUGCCAUAGAUUGGCAGACAGGGAGUGGAUGUAGUGCUGCUGGCUUUUUCACAGUAUUUGCAAGCGAACUUUCAGUCUACACCCUUACAGUCAUCACUAUAGAAAGAUGGCACACCAUCACCUAUGCUGUUCAGCUGGACCAAAAGCUUCGAUUGAGACAUGCCAUUCCAAUUAUGCUUGGAGGAUGGCUCUUUUCUACUCUGAUUGCUAUGUUGCCCCUCGUGGGUGUCAGCAAUUACAUGAAGGUCAGCAUCUGCCUCCCCAUGGAUGUGGAAACCACUCUCUCGCAAGUCUACAUAUUAACUAUCCUGAUACUCAACGUGGUAGCCUUCAUCAUCAUUUGUGCUUGUUACAUUAAAAUUUAUUUUGCAGUUCAAAAUCCAGAGCUGAUGGCUACCAACAAAGAUACAAAGAUUGCUAAGAAAAUGGCAAUCCUCAUCUUCACUGACUUUACCUGCAUGGCACCUAUCUCUUUUUUUGCCAUCUCAGCUGCCUUCAAAGUUCCUCUUAUCACAGUCACCAACUCUAAAGUUUUACUGGUUCUCUUUUAUCCUGUCAAUUCUUGUGCCAACCCAUUUCUAUACGCAAUUUUCACAAAGGCAUUCCGAAGGGAUUUCUUUCUGUUGCUGAGCAAAUUUGGCUGCUGUAAACAUCGGGCUGAACUUUAUAGAAGGAAGGAAUUUUCUGCUUAUACCUCCAACUGCAAAAAUGGCUUCCCUGGAUCAAAUAAGCCUUCUCAGUCGACCUUGAAGUUGUCCACAUUCCACUGUCAAUACUCAGCUGUCCUAGACAAGACUUGCUACAAAGAGUGUUAACUAUUACAUCAGUAAUUGCAUUACUGAACUAUACUUAAGUCUGAAAAAAAAUUACCUGAACCAGUAAUUUUAAUAUAAAGAGUUGGUUUUAGAAAAUUAUUUAUUCUUAGAUAUGUUGAUCAAAAGACUUUUGC